AAUAAAUUGUUAACAUGCAAUUGCUUGGUUGAGCUGCUCCAAUGGUUUUUUGCGAAUUGACCAACAAGCUUCAUCCGAGAGAGUGUGUGUGUGUCCUUAGUUAUGAAGUUAAGUUUGAAGCUUUGUGUAGCACUGUGGCUUCUUCCUUCUUUGUGGUUUCUGCGAAUUUGAGCUCUUCGAAAGUUUCCAUCGGUUCCUCGCAUUAUUACUCACACAGGGCAGUUGGAUAAAAGUUCCACGGAUUUGUGGUUGGAAUUUACUUCAUCAAAUUACUAUAAAAUCUGAAGCAGGCCUCAUUUCCCUCAUUCAAGCCACACACAAUCAUCCAAAGUUGGAAAAGAUCUUGAGUUACAGAUGGCUUGUUCAGACAUAUUUGUACUUGUUCAACCCAAUGGAUAUAUAAAAGACACUGUAGGUGGUGCAACCUUUCAAAGUUGGGAUCCUCUUUUGAUGAAUUUUGAUACUGAUCAUCAAGAGUCUCUACUUGAGUUGAAGAAUCUGAUAUUGGCAAACAUGGGUGAACUUGGAAGAAAGAAGAUAUCUCAUAUGGCAUAUAAGUUGCAUGGUAUAAUAGGUCCCCAAUUAUCUGACAGUCGGGUUAUUUGGCUCACCUCUGACCAAGACAUUCACUUGAUGUUUGAUUUCCAUGUCUCAAAUUGUGAGCUACGGUGCAUAGAGUUGUACAUUAAAGUUGAAGACAUGAUUAGUUCAGCCAGUUCGAAAGCCAAUCCGCAAGUUGUUCAAUCGGACAAUAUUGAGAGUACAAUCACCAGUGAUAUCCCCAAGUUUUGUGUUCCCCAACCGUGUUGAAAAUGUGAAAGUUGAUGGAAAAAGAACCAAUGUUUGUGCAAGCCCAGCUAACAUGGCAUCAAGAGGUGUUGCAGUGGACAAACUCUGCCUUCCACCCAAGACUGCGAAUAUUGGAGGUGCCUGCAGUGUCUUUCCACCUCCAACUUCAAAGAAGUCUUCAUUUGUGGACACGGGUGCUGAUCUAGGACUUUCACCUCCGAUAAAAAUGCAAAAAAUGGUGGAUGGCAAAGGGAAGCCGGUUGAAAAUGGUGUGCUGAUCCCCGACAUUGAGGAGUCCAAUGUGUAUUCCAAACCCUUCCAAGCCCAAGAUAUGUGCCGCAACUUGGAGCCACCUAUCACCUCCAAAUCUCAGAUGGUGCUAGAAGGCCGAGUUAAGGAAUUGGAGAUCCGCCUUGAGUCAAAGGAAAACAAGAGAGCUGCCUUAGAGGAAUUGAAGGUUACUUUAACCGCCAAGAUUAGUAAUCUGGAAAACAAGCUGAAGGAGGCUGAUAAGGAGAAGAAGGCUCAGUUAAGAAAGGAGAAAACAGCAUCAAAGGGGAUAAUUGAGCCGUUGGAGGCAGAGGUCAAACAUCUGAGAUGUUCCGUCCUUGAAGCAAAGGAGGGAGCACACAAGAACAUCAUGGAGCAAGUGUGUCUUCUGGCUCUGGGUAUUGACUUUUUGCUUGUUCACCCUGAUAAUCGAGUUGUCAAUGGGGAGAUUGUAUGAUAGGAGCCCAUUAACAACAGCUGCUACUUCCGGCCCAAUACAAGAAGCUGAAAGCAAUGAGAAAGCAAUUGGGCCAGAGAAACCGUUAGCAGAGCAGAGAAACAAGCGUGUGAAGAAGCAACCAGCUUGGAUGAAGGACUACGAGCUGUGAAAUAGAGGCGCAACUUUUUGCUUGUUCACCCUGAUAAUCGAGUUGUCAAUGGGGAGAUUGUAUGAUAGGAGCCCAUUAACAACAGCUGCUACUUCCAGCCCAAUACAAGAAGCUGAAAGCGAUGAGAAAGCAAUUGGGCCACAGAAACCGUUAGCAGAGCAGAGAAACAAGCAUGUGAAGAAGUAAUCAGCUUGGAUGAAGGAUUAUGAGCUGCGAAAUAGUGGCGCUGUAGAGUAAUAAAAUUAGAGGUAUCACUCUACAGCGCCUCUAUUUCACAGCUUGUAGUCCUUUAUCCAAGUUGGUUGCUUCUUCACACGCUUGUUUCUAUGCUCAACUAACGGUUUAUCUGGCCCAAUUGCUUUCUCAUCGCUUUCAGCUUCUUGUAUUGGGCCGGAAGUAGUAGCUGUUGUUAAUGGGCUACUAUCAUUGUAAAUCCCAAGAAGGAUAGUGUACCCCAAGUUACUUAUGUUAUGGAAUUUGGAUGCAAACGUCAAAUACAUCCAAUGCUGCGUCCAUGAAGCAAAGGAGAUAUCACAUGGUAACACAUGGAACAAGAAUGGUAGUGAACCCAAGUUCGUUUUGUUGGCAAGCACUCAGGUGCAACGUGAUUGCAUAGGCAAACUGCAAACACUUCAUGCUACAAUAGGAUAAUUUCGUUGGUUAUGUAUUAGCUUUAUUUUUGAAAUUUUAAAUGACACUCACUGCAAGGUGUAAAAUUAAAGUGACUAUUACAUAUAUUUUUUGGUGUCCAACUCAUCACAUAUAUAUUAGAAUUAAAUCAACUCUAA